GGUGGUGGAUGGUUGUGUUAUGAAGGUAUAUCAUUUGCUGCCUGGUCGGCGAUUGUGCCGGUGGGUUAACGGUGGACACACCCAUCUUUGAUCGUCCACUAGCUGAAUGAUUGAGCCACUGCUGACGAAGAUAGAUGCUGUACAACCAUACCAUGUGAAAAACGUGACGAGAGACCAUGCCAUCCCCAAUAUCAACUGGACAUCUUGCGGCGCAGCAGAAUAGGCAACCCGUCUUGUUUUUGUUGGCACAGUACAUGCACAAUCACAACGGGACUGCUUCUGAUUGUUCGUUGCAAAGCCCAUUGACCCUCACAUGCCACGUAUUGUAAACCCAGCCUGUAGAUUUCUACAGGCACUUACAUUGCUGUUGAUGUUGGUAUAUACAUGUACACUCGCACAAUUCGCAUUGGCAGCCUACUGAAGGGAAUCAUUUCACCCGAUGCAGACUUAAUGCUACAUCUUAGACCAGGAAGAAUUAAGGAGGAUAUUUUACUUCUCUUGUGAACUUUGCAUGUGAAACCUUGGAAAUGAAGUCUUGGUUAAGGCACCGUGCAUUCUGAGGUUUUAUUGUAUUUGGAUUGGAUAUUCUACGAGCAGCGAGACAGAUUUUGGGAACGUUUUUCCACCAUGAGUUUCCAUACAGGAAUGUGGGGUAGCGCAUUUCAAAUUCUGGCCGGUAUCUAUGGUAUUCAGCUCCGUAGCAAUGCUCCCAAAUUGAAAGAUAUCCCUGAAGAAGACGUCAGCCAAGAUGGCGUUGGUCGAGCGCGGCGAAAGAGUGCCCCCAGUGGUGGGAUCCAGAUGACCACUGAUGCGACGGGCCAACAAUCAAAGUUAUCGGGUAUUUUCCCCAAGCGAAUGAAAAUCGCUCUCAAACGAACCAAGAGCGUUGGGAAGUUCGACAACAAACACGCAACUCUGAAAGAAGAAGACGAGGAAUCAGACAUGACGUCUCCCAAUUCCAUCAAGCCUGCCCACUCCCAUGAGUCUCUGCUGCUCGGACCUCAGACCUCCCUGGACGUCUUUGACCUCUCAUCCAAUGACCUGGUCAUUGUACCCCUCCACAGCAGCAUCCUGGGGCAGGAUCACUGCUUCCAGAUUACUAACUCACACGGCAAGAAGUACUACUCGUGUCGCUCAGCGAGUGAGCGAGACAAAUGGAUGGAGAGCAUUCGCAGUGCCAUCCAUCCAGAGAAAGACCACAAACGGCGGAAAGACAGUGUCCUCAGACUGUGGGUCGUGGAAGGGAAGAAUGUUCCUGUCAAGAGAAAGUACUACUGUGAGAUUUGUCUGGACGAUAUGCUGUAUGCCAGAACCACUGCCAAAUCCAGGGGAGACAUGGUCUUCUGGGGAGAACAAUUCCUAUUCACGUGUCUUCCAGAAGCAAAGAACAUAAAAGUUCAUUUGUACAAAGAACCAGACAAGAAGAAAAGGAGAGACAAAAACUAUGUGGGGGUUGUGUCCAUUCCGCUGGAACCCAUCAGUAACAGGGCCACAAUCGAGAAAUGGUACCCCUUGACCAACACCAGCACAAAAGGUGACACGCCAAGCCUACGAAUCAAAGCCCGAUAUCAGAGCAUCAGUAUUCUGCCCAUAGCCCAGUACUCUGAACUCGCACAGUACUUGAAAGAGAACGCUAUUACUUUGUGUCAACUCAUCGAGCAGCAGAUCAACGUCAAAACGAAAGAGGAGAUCGCGACCUCACUUGUUAAAGUACUGCACUGUCUUGACUCGGCCAAGGAGUUUCUGGUGGAGUUGGUCAUGAGUGAGACCAGAACAAUGAAUGAUGAGAGCCUCAUUUUCAGGGCCAAUACCAUGGCAACCAAGUCCAUGGAGGCAUACAUGAAGCUGAUUGGUGGAAAGUACUUACAAGACACCAUCGGUGACUUUAUCCACGAAUUGUAUGAAAGCGAGGAGGACUGUGAGGUGGAUCCUACCAAGGUCUCUAGUAGUCUCCUUCUCCAGCAGCACCAAGCAACACUGACCAUGCUGUGUGAAAUGGCCUGCUGUAAGAUAGUCAACUCAGCGGCUGCGUUUCCCUCUGACCUGCGAGCUGUCUUUCAUUCCUUUCGUCAGCAUAGCCAGAGCCAGCCCAAUGGCCAGGUCAUCUGCGACAAGUUGAUCAGUGGUUGCAUCUUCUUGCGUUUCCUCUGCCCUGCCAUCAUGUCGCCGAGUCUCUUUGACCUCAUCCAGGAGUACCCCAGUGACAAGACAUCACGUUGCCUCACCCUCAUUGCCAAGACAGUCCAGGGUCUUGCCAACUUCACAAAGUUUGGAACCAAAGAAAGCUACAUGGUCUUCAUGAAUGAUUUCUUGGAGCGAGAAUGGAGCAACAUGAAGACUUUCCUGCAGGAAAUAUCGAGUACUCCUGAGAGGGCUAACGAUGUGAAGUUUAACGGCUACACAGACCUUGGCAAAGAAUUGUCAUUACUCCAUAGCUUGCUGGUAGAAACGCUAGAUGACUGUGAAAAGCUAUCGGAUGACAAGCUUGGCUCCUUGAGGAGCAUCUUGACUCGCAUCACAUCUUAUGCAUCGUUGCCGGAGGGAACCAUCCCUUACAGUUCCUCCAGCUUCAUCCAGACAGUUCAAGGAUCAUGCAGCUCGACAACAGUUACCAUGACAUCCACAGCAACCUCCCCGAUGGGCAAGAAGAGCCUAAACAAAAUCUUUGAAGACGCCAAGUUGUCAGACUCGACAGAUGUGGAGAUGCUUCCACCGUACAACAUUGCCAUGGAGCGAUCCAUCACAUCCUCAACGGUGAACAACCUUGUCGAUUUCAUCCAGCAGGAUACCGCCAACUCGACCAAUGGGAAGACAGAACUCAGCACAGCCGUUUUUGAAAUCGCCAGUACCCAGACUGACUCGUCACAGAUUGAAUCGAGUACGACAGUUGAAAAGGUCCGAACGACAACGGAAUAUGAGGAACGGAUUAUGGAGGAGUUAGAGGGAGACAUGUUGGUUUCCAUGAAGUCAGAAACCAAGAAAUCAGUCAAUCAGUCAUACUCAGUCAGUCUGGAGAGAACCGUGGUCCCAAAUCCAGCAAUUAGUACUACUGAAACAAACAGGACCUCCUAUGCCAUAGAUAGGACUGGUGGAGGAGAUGCACAGGUCAAGCGAAGGAACCGAACCUUACCGCUGUCCUUCCAAAAUCCAGCCUACCAACUCUCCAAGAAAUCCCUGCGUCACCUGGACGUUGGGGCUUCGGACAGCGUCAGUUCCUCUAACAGUUCAGAUGGGGCUUCAUCCAAUCAUGACGGGGAUGUCUCCCAAAACAGCUUGUCAUGUGGGGGUGUGUCUCCAUCCUCAAGUAGGAGAACAGCGUCGUCAAAAGGAUCCUCAUCGACCGGAAAGGUAGACAUUAUGGCACAUACGUUACCCAAAGCUACCCACCGCUCUCACAAUAUCACCUCUGUGGACCUGUAUCCAAAAAGUGAUGGGCAAAUCGCCGAAAGUCAGAGCAGUGGUUCAAUCCACUCCAAAAGCACAAAACCUUCCUUCAAUGGUAGCAACAGCAGUACUUCACUCUUUGACCCCGCCCGGACUCAGUCUAGCGUCACAUCUCCCACGGAAGCAAUUCGUGCUAUGAAUAACGCUGCCAAGGCGGCGUUCUUUUCAUCAGUGAUGGCUCCUGUGCGGGAGUCCCCAGCCCGCUCCAACUCCGGCAUUGGAAGCCCCAUCCCCAGCAGGGGUUUAAAGCAGCGCUCGCAGGCUGUGCUUCACAUCAACAAUGAGAACCACCAGCCCUCGUUUGCCAUCACAGUCACCAAUCCCAAACCAGAAUCUCAAAUGGCACAGUUGAGCCACACCCACCCAGAGCACAUCUCCAGCUCCUCCCCUUCUAUAUCUCCGCCCACAAGUUCCCCGUCUUCAGCCUCCUCGGAGGAGCUUCCCGCUAGGACGCUAGUUAAGACAGAAGCUGUCAUCCAGACAGGAUCCCCCACUCUCCAAACCACCCAAUCCACUGAAUCCGUCACGUUUACCACUCAACGGUUUAUGACUUCCCAGACAAUCUUGCCAUCCUCCCCUUGUAGACCAAAGCAGUUAAACACUGACACUAGUCCCACGUCCCGCACCCCCCUGAUGGGUACCACAAACCUUGAAAAGAACCUCACCACACGGACCACAGCCCGUUACCCCACCACACCUGUCCAGCUCAGUACUGCCAAUAUCUCCUUCAGCAUUGCCAGUCUCACUCCACCUGUGAGCACCGUCACAAGUCCCACAAGCCCUUCCUCACUCCCUCUCCCUCGGAAGAAGAUCAUGACCCAGUUUGCCUCUAAGCCAAGGAUCUGUCAGUCGGAGAGUUCCUCUCCCCUCAACAAACCAACAGAGAGUUCCGAACUGUCCAUCCAAAUUGGAAAAAAAACGCGGUCACUGUCACUUCAGCACAAUUUCACAUCCAAGCCAGUCUUGACCUCACCUCCUGGCCCUGUCUGGACCAGAAGAAUGAAGGAUCCUUCAUCCAUUGACCGAGAAACACAAACAGAAGUGUAUUCCUUGGAGAUUCAGAUUCUGAAAGAUGAGUUAGAGAAGGUGACCUUGCAAUUAGAAGAGACUCAGCUGAAGUUGGCCGAGGAGGAAGUGAGAGCGGACAAGGCCAUCGCUGAGAUGAAAGUGGAACUAGAGAACAGCCAGGUGGAGCUGAAGAGACAACAUGAUGAGAAGGACAAACAGAUCAAGGAUAUCAUCACAAGACUUGUCACUGUGGAAGAGGAGUUAAAGAAGGAGCAAGAGGAGAUGGUUGCCGUGGUUUCUGCCAAGCAGAAAAUCAUCGAUGCCCAAGAGACCCGCAUCCAGGCCCUGGAUGCAGCAAAUGCCCGCCUCAUGAGGGCGCUAGACCAGUUGAAAGAACGCUACCAGUUGACACGACGCACAAAGUCAUCCUCUGAUAUUCGGUCUGCAGCAAAGCUCACCCCGCUGAAUGGCAGCAUGAAAUCUACCAAUUACUGAAGAGGUCAAAGGUCAGGCAUCAGAGGUUAAAGGUCCAGUUCUUAUUCUGUUGCUUAGUAGGAAGUAAUGUUCAAACAAACCUGUGCUGCUGUGGGUUUGGCGUUCAGUGCACAUUUGCUUCAAAGCAGGCCAACCUUUGAGAGAAGAAAUGUUAAUCAUCAAACAUUUGGAUAGGUUUUGAUUUACAAUGAGAAAUCAUUAGAUAUGGACAGAGACAUUUUCAGUGGUCCUCUAUUAACAAGUUACAGAUGUAAGGUGGGUAAUGUUUCAGAUGUUUAUUUCUUGUUGUCAAUUAAUGAUAACAAUAAGCAUUGUUUUUAAAUUGCCCUCUGCUGUGUAGAUUUAUUUUGAUUGAGUUAGGUAAUUCUAGAUUACUGUUUAAUGUUUAUAUUGUACAGCAUUCUGUCGAGGUUUCUUUAACAGAAGAUGAAUUCUGUUGGAUGAAUCAGGAAAUCGUAUUUCAACAUUUGAGCAACUCAGAAAUACUCAGGCAGGACCUGAAAAUAUUAAUUGUGAUUUAACUUGAUGAGGCAAAUUGACUGAAUUUUUCCAUUUUGUCCUGUCAAGAAAAAUCUUUCUAAUUUCAUCUGAGAAAAUGAUAAUUUAAAUUGUUGACCUUUUCCAGCCAACAUAAAAGGAAGAACCCACAUUGGGGAAAACAGAAAUCUUCGCAUUUAGAAUGUUUCUUUUUAAAAAGAGUUAAUUUUUCUUGCAUAUUUUGCCACAAAAAAUAAUUGAGGAUUUUCCAUAAAAUGAUAAAUUCAAAAAAGUCAGUCUACAGAAAUCUUUGCACCCUCCAUGUAUGUAGUUUGUGCGGAAUGAGAACAGGUUAUAUUGUUCAAUGUUCUGUUGUAUCCAGGGGUCAUUUGAUUUUAAAGGCCCCUCUGGUUAAAGAAUAGCUAACUUUAUUGAGCAAUAUAGUGGUCAUUAGGUUGUCCACACACUUUUGUUGAAUUCCCUAUAAACAAAAAAAAAUUCACUUCAGCAAACUAGCAGUUGGAGUUUUUCCCUUUUUCCCAUAAGUUCAAAGUUGUGUGUAAAAAUAUGGAGUAAACUGUAGUAGUUUUUAAAUACUGAAUCAAUGUAUAUAAUUUUAAGCAAAAUAUUUGUAUUUAUUUAUUGGAGCAAACAUAAGCAUUAUUGAAGUCUUCCAAACAGGGGACUUUUCUAAUUUUGCUAUUGUAGAUUUUUCUCUCUUUUUAUGAGAAAAGUAAAGAGUGUUCAACUCCUUAUUUAUUGGAUUGUUUUAAGUUAGUGUACAUUUAAAACAAAUAUUGAAAAAAAAAUUGCUGGACUUCAAACUGUGAGCUUUGCCAAAAGUAAGUGUAAAGGUGCAAGUUGUGUGCGAUUUUCAUCACUUUUAAGUCAGAUAAUUUUAAAUAAAAAUAAUACCCAUCCUGUAGCAACAAGUAGGAGAAAUCUACAUGAUGUAUGUUAUAUUGGUCCUCUGUUUUUUUUUGCUUUAAACCUCUUUUUUUACCACUAGAAGGUGUUACUUUCAAAAUUGUCCACAGCGCAUUUCUGGAGCGGUAAUGACUUACUCUAUGCGGUCAGAACUUGCUUACUCUGUGGCAAAACUUCUUUGUUGAUUGAAGGUUUUGUUUUUAAAUGUAAGUUGGAAAAUAAUGUGUUUGGAUAAUUGAGUACAUUGAGACACCUUGGGGUCUAUUUCACAUGAAAUUUUGCUCAAGUGAGUCUUUUAAAGAAGUCUUGUGAGUUUAUUCAGCUCUGAAGAAUAUAGAAAUGCUUCUCUGUCACACCCAAUUCCAUGUUACCCCUUACUUACAGUAAGCAAAGCAUUUCAAGUCCAAAUAUAGCACCCACUAAGAGUUCCCACUUUGUUCCUGAUUAUGAUUAAUCGUUAUCAAAAAAUGCCGAGUGUGAGAAAUAAAAUGUGUACGAGAUGUUUCGCUGUACAAACAAUUA